AUGAAACUGUUCAUUGCAGUUCUCUUGGCCUUAUGCGCCUUGGCCUACUCGUAUCCCAACCCAGGCACUGAAAUGAGUGAGCAGCAAGAAACUUUGGAUACAGUAAAUACACCGCUUGUGUUUGAUGUGAAUGGCGGUCAUCAACGUGAAGCGCGUGGUUUCGGUGGCGGUUGUUGUGGUGGCGGUCGUGGUGGUUAUGGCGGAUUUGGCGGCGGCGGCCGUGGUGGUUACGGUGGCUUUGGAGGUGGCGGCCGCGGCGGUUAUGGUGGUGGUUAUCCUGGUGGUUACGGUGGUGGGGGUGGUGGCGGUUAUCCUGGUGGUUAUGGUGGUGGCGGCAGUUACAGUCAAAGUUCCGCUCAAGCUUCAGCCAGUUCAUUUGGCUCAUACGGUCGUUGA